UCAACAUGUGCAAUUACAUUCAGAUCCAAUAUCAUUGCGGCCACUUCCGGUUUCCCGUGCAGCGCUGGUGCCACGUCUACGAACGCACGCAUAAGAAGUGCCAGCCCAACGUUACUUGUGCUGAGUGGAGGGGCGAUGAGGUCUGUCCGGAUUGUCGACCGGUCCCGUUAUCAGCUUGGGAGUCCAUGAUCAGGAGGCCGCGUCAGAGCCCAUAUGUGUGAAUUGAGAUUACGCCAAUGUUCAUGUCAUUAGCGGAGGACCAGGUAGUGGAGGUAGUUUCAAUAUGACUCUCAGCGAGUGACAUGUUCCUCUUUCCCAGCAUGUGACGAGCAAUGGGCAGGACU